AAAAUUGUUCACUAAAGAGAUUCUCAGCAGACUGACUUGACCAAGAGUUUUCUAGGUGGUUACAAGUAAAUAUAAUUCAGCUGCUCUUGAUUUAUCUGGAAAGAAAAUCCCCUUCCAGCUAUCCUUGGGCGGCAGACUGCCUGCCACUAUCAAAGAUGGCGGCUGGCAUAUUUGCUGCUGGAAAUUCCCGUCGUACUUCGGUUUUAACCCGGAACGUAUUGCUGGAGUUGGGGCCCAACUUCCGGUAGUGAGUGUGUGAUUGAUUUCGGAUUUUGUGGCCCGGCCCAACGAGUGACUUAAAGCGAGGAGCAGUUGUCUGGUCAUGCAUUUAUCUAAUGACCUUCAUUUUAAGAUCGCUCAAAGUUUCUAAUACAAUACAAAUGAUUUUAAAGUCUGGCCACUUCUGUAGUGAUUGUUGGAAUCGACCCAGCUGCACACAGGAAGAUCCCGCAUCAGUGAGCAGAUUAGAUAAUUUUAUGGUGGUGUUUGAGGGAAAGAUGUUGGUUAGGAUCCCGUGGAGAACUAUCUACUUUUGAAAUAGUGCCGUGAGAUCUUUUAUUGAAGGAGAAUAUGCAACUUGGCUUAACAUCAGUUUUAAAGUGAUAAUGAGAUGAUAGCAAUUGCUUGCUGUCAGUCUGCAGAGUAUCAGUGCUGCGAUCUGGAUUGGAGAUCCAAACCAGGAACAUUAUGGCAUCUGAUCUCCAACUGAUUGUGCACUUUGCCCUUUGUUCCAGAAUCCUGGCCAUUCUUUUCCAGAUGGUGUUUAAUUCUCUGAUACCUGACCACAGAGCAGAUGCCUUUCAAGCACCCCAACUGCACAAUUUGAGUAUCAGCGAUGAGUUGCUGGAGAUCCUGUUAAGUGGUUUUUCUCGCUGGGAUGCACAGCAUUUCCUAUUUAUAGCAGAAUUUGGAUACGUUUAUGAGCAUAACUUUGCUUUUCUGCCAUUGUUCCCAGUGAGCCUUCGGGUAGUGGCAGAGACGGUGCUCAGUCCCCUACGGUGCUUUCUAAAUCUCCAUAGUCGGUUGUUACUUGCAGCAGUUUUACUGAAUGCUGUGAUGUUCAUUCUGUCAGCAGUUGUUCUGUACCAUCUGGGUGUUGUUGUGCUCCGGGAUCGCAGGCUGGCCUUUCUCUCCAGCCUUCUCUUCUGCCUGACCCCAGCCAAUGUCUUCAUGUCUGCAGCUUAUUCUGAAAGCAUGUUCAUGCUGCUGACCUUUGGUGGAAUGCUGAACCUGGAGAAAGGUUGGCUUGUGACCAGUUGCAUUCUGUUUUCUCUGUCUGCAGCAGCCCGCUCCAAUGGCAUUGUAAAUGCAGGAUUUCUGCUUUACUCCCAGCUGAAGCUUUGCUCUUUGUAUGUGAGACACAAGUCAACAGUUAUGGAAAAAGACUUAUACAAAUCAUGGUUGAAUCUGAUCCUUCGGUCUGUGUUGUUAGUGGCUGCAGGAACAAUGAUGAUUGUGCUGCCCUUUGUACUUUUUCAGUAUUAUGGAUACCGGACAUUCUGUAAGUCAACUAUGAAUCCAGCACUGGACAUGCCUCAGCCUUUGCUGCAGCUCGCCAGGAACAAAGGUUAUCAUGUCCCUGAUAAGGAAAGUGAUCCGCCCAUCUGGUGCCAUCGCCGAUACCCCAGCAUAUACUCUUACAUUCAGGACGCAUACUGGAACGUGGGCUUCCUAAGAUAUUACCAACUCCGCCAAUUGCCCAACUUCUUGCUGGCUUUUCCUGUUAUGGCUUUGGGAGUAUGGGCAGCCUGGCAAUAUGUGAUUGUUGAUCCCUGGUAUUGUGUACAGUUGGGUCUGACCCGCAGAAAGAUAAGGAAAAAGACUGAAAAAGAUAGCAAACCACACUCCAGCUUCCAUACAGACCAAGUGUUUGUCUAUAUCGUUCACGUAACUAUACUGCUGGUAUUUGGCAUUUGUUUCAUGCACAUUCAGGUUCUAACGAGAUUCCUAGCUUCCUCCUCACCCAUCCUGUACUGGUUCUCUGCUCAUCUGCUCCAGAAUGUGGAGCCUGGACGUUUGGAUCAGGAUUCUGCUACCUCAAUUUACCGCAACAAGUUUGGGAUCUUUCCCAGAAACCAGCUCACUACUUUGCUGCAGGACUGGAAUGGCUGCAGCCUAACUGCACGCUGCAUUCUUGGAUAUUUUGUACUAUACUGGUUACUUGGACUCUCCUUACAUUGUAACUUUCUCCCAUGGACCUGAUCACAAGGGAUGUUGCCUCAACACUAUCUGGUUCUUUCCACUUGUUGGUCUGCUUUAUUUCUGGAAUAGAUCUCUCUUUAUUCUCUUCGAUGUUAACCAUGGUUUUCUGGUAUGGGGUGUACUGUUGUGAGGAUUGAAUAAAAGAAUAUUAGAAAUUGGAUCAGGAGUAGGUUAUAAGGCUCCUUGACCCUGCUUCACUGUACUUUGAGACAAUCUGUCACCCCAGCUCCACUGGCAUGCAGAAUUCCUCUAGAUUCACCUGCAAUCUCCUCAAGGGGACCAAAUGUGUAUGCGGUAUUCCAGCUGCAGUCUCAUUAAUACCUUUUAGACUUGCAGCAACACUCCCUCCUUUUUUACCCUUGACCUUUAGCAAUAAAUGCCAAAAUUCCAUUUGUCUUCCUUUUUGCCUUUUGUACCUGCAUACUAGUUUUUUGCGAUUCAUGCACAAGGACACGCUGCAGUGAAGCACUCUAAAGUUUCUCUCUAUUUAGUCAAUAAGUUGUCUUUCUACUUUUCCCAAUAAAAUGGAUAACCUCACACACAUCCAUGUUAAACUUCAUCUGACAAAGUUUGACCCAUUCACGUAUCUACAUCCAAUUGUAAAUUUCUUAUUUCUUCAUUGCAAGUCUUAUUUUCCCACUUAUUUUCAGUGUCGUCUUCAGCAAAUUUACUAUAAUAGCUGUAAUAUCCCUGCAUCCAUGUCUCUAAAUUGCAAAUAGUUGGGGCCUGAGGACCGAAUCCUGUGGUACCCACAAGUUAAUGUUUGCUAAUCAGAAAAAGGCCAAUUUAUUCUUUCUUACUUUGUUAUUUAGUCCUCUUUCUGAGCAAAUAAAUUACCCCAAUCUCAUUGUGAUCUUACAUUGUGUAUUUGUGUGGGACCUUAUCAAAUGCCUUCCAGAAGUCCAAAUAUAUUAUAUCUAUAGGGUCCCCAUUAUGAGGCCAGUGCAGGGAGACGAGGCCUUGAGUUUUGAACCCUAGUGUGGUCUGGAAGUUAGGUGCUGGCAUGGACUGGGGUGUAAGGACUGUAAAUAGAGUACUAUUUUCCCUUUUAUUCUUAUGUUAGACUUUGCUUUAUUCUUGCAAUUUUGUAUCAAAUACUUAAGUAUCUGUACCUAGGUAUCUUGUACCUGAGAUGGUGCUGUAUACAGCAAUGUUGCACACACUUCACUGCACUCAUUCAAGUGCAUGUGACAAUAAAGCAAACUCAUUCAUUCAUAUUUCCAGUCAGCAUGUUACAUCUUUGUAAAACCCCAGCAAAUUAGUCAAACAUGAUUAUCCCUUUAUAAAUCCAUGCUGACUCUUGAUGGUUUGUGUUUUGAAUUUCCAAAUGUCCUGUUGUUACUUCCUUAAUGGUUUCUAACUAUUUCCCAGCAACAUGUUAAACUAACUGGUCUGUAGUUUCCUACUUUCUGCGUCUCUCCCUCCCCUUUUUGAAUAAGGGCAUUACAUUAGCACUUCUCCAAUCCAUUGGAGUCUUUUCUGCAUCCAAGUAAUUUUGGAAUAUUAUAAUCAGUGGAUCAACUCUCUGCUGUGAGCUCCUUAAACCCCAAGGUUGUAGGAUAUCAGGCCCUGGGAACUUGUCUGCCUUCAAUCCCAAUAGUCUGCUUAGUACUUUUUCUUUCAUGAAUUUAAAAUUUCUCCCUUUCUAUAACCUCUGCGUUAUGGAUGCCACUGGCCAGCCUGCCACUAGCCUUUGUGAUAUUGUUAUGAAGUUGAAGAUGUGUAUUGUACCUUUUGAGAGAGAGAGUGUGCUGUUCUGAACUGAGCUUAUAAGCACCAGAGUAUAUGAUUAGAUGCUGAAAAUGUGUUGCUGGAAAAGCGCAGCAGGUCAGGCAGCAUCCAGGGAACAGGAGAAUC